AUGUUUAUACCACAUCCAAUUCAAGUUUCAUUUCAAUAUCCAAAAAGCUUCAAACUUUCACGUUACCUCAAGGAGUUUUCAUUCUUUGCUUUGUUCUUAGCAACAAGUUUUUAUUUGUUUUUGUUAUUUGCAAAAAAAAAUGGCUGAUCAGUACGAACACAACAAGCCCUCAGUUGAAGAGACUGGUUCCACUAUAGAGACUACAGAUCGUGGUUUGUUUGAUAAAUUCCUAGGGAAAAAGGAAGAGGAAAAGCCAACUCAUUCUCAUGAACAACAGGCAAUUUCCUCUGAGGCUGGUGAGAAAGUAAAAUUAUCUGAAGAACACAAGGAGGAAGAGAAGAAACUCCACAGAUCAAGUAGUAGCUCGAGUGAUGAGGAAGAAGAAGUAGGAGAGGACGGACAGAAAGUCAAGAAGAAGAAAAAGAAGAGCCUGAAGGACAUAAUAUCUGGAGAGCACAAGGAAGAAGAGAAAACGGAGAAGGUUGAGGACACGUCAGUUCCUGUUGAGAAGUAUGAGGAAUCGGAGGAGAAAAAAGGUUUCCUAGACAAAAUAAAGGAGAAGUUGCCAGGUGACGGGCAGAAGAGGGCUGAGGAAGUGGCGCCUCCACCACCAGCUGUGGCGGAGCAUGAGCCUGAUGGUAAGGAGAAGAAGGGAUUAAUGGACAAAAUUAAGGAGAAAUUACCGGGACACCACGCUAAGACUGAAGAAGAAAAGGAAGCUGCUGCCUCUCACUUCUUAGCAACAAGUUUCUCUUUGGAAAAAAUGGCUGAUCAGCACGAACACAACAAGACCUCAGUUGAAGAGACUGGUGCCAGCAUGGAGUCUCGUGGUUUGUUUGAUUUCCUUGGGAAAAAAGAAGAGGAAAAGCCAACUCAUGUUGAUUUCCUCGGGAAAAAAGUAGAGGAAAAGCCAACUCAUGCUCAUGAGGAACAGGCAAUUUCCUCUGAAUUUGGUGAGAAAGUAAAGGUAUCUGAAGAAGAACACAAGAAGGAAGAGAAGGAACACAAGAAAGAAGAGAAGAAACUCCACAGAUCAAGUAGCAGCUCUAGCAGCUCGAGUGAUGAGGAGGAAGUAAUAGGAGAGGAUGGACAAAAAAUCAAGAAGAAGAAAAAGAAGGGGUUGAAGGACAAGAUCAAGGACAAAAUAUCUGGUGAUCACAAGGAAGAAGAAGUGAAAACAGAGAAGGUUGAGGACACGUCAGUUCCAGUUAAGAAGUAUGAGGAAACAGAGGAAAAAAAAGGUUUCCUAGACAAAAUCAAGGACAAGUUGCCAGGUGGCGGGCAGAAGAAGGAGGAGGAAGUGGCGGCGCCAGCACCUCCACCACCAGUUGUGGCGGAGCAUGAGGCUGAUGGUAAGGAGAAGAAGGGAUUUUUGGACAAAAUUAAGGAGAAAUUACCAGGAUACCACCCUAAGACUGAAGAAGAAAAGGAGAAAGAAAAAGAAAAGGAAGCCGCUUCAUCUCACUAAAGUUGACAGUAUGGGAAUGGAUGUUUAUUUGUUGCUUUUUUGCUUUUGGGAUGUUAUGAUUGUUCUGCUAUGAUGAUGUUUUGGUUAAGCUUUCAUUUCAAUUCCUUCGCUGUUUCUGGAUUUUUAGGACUGUAUUCCUAUAUGCAAGUGCAUAGUUGUUUUGUAUGUGCUUAUGUAUAAAGUUUGAUUAUAUAUGGAUUUGUAAAAUGCAGUUGGUUUUGAUUA